GCUUAUAAAUAAAAGCUCAAUCUCCCUGCGUGUUCAUUGUAUGUCUUUUACAUCUAAUCUGAUCACACUUGAUCAUAUGAAUGUCUUAUUACAGGUACAAAUAUAAUUUGCUGCAUCCGAGCACUGGUAUUAUUAUAAUAUGUGACAGACACAGGACUUGUUGUGUCAUCCUGCUGCAUUAGAUCACCUGCUGCCGCUGUGGGUUUGCAGGCUUUUGUACAAAGCUGAUUUGAAAAGCCUUUAUCACAAUGGUAAGCAUUCAAUUUGAUGUGUGCCUGUAGCACUUCCUGGCUAAUAAAAUUACACUGAAGUCAAUGAGCUCCGGUCCAGGAGAAAUGCACAGUGCAUAUUCCUUUCCUGUUGCACACAGGUGGAACAGAUGGUUGAAUACAACAGAUGAAUGACAGGUUGAUCCUCAGCAGGUGUUUUUAAUCCCUUGAUAAGUUUGGAUGGUGAUCCACAUCGGACAGUAAACGGUGAUGGCAGACUCUGAUGCGCAAGAGACUCGCCAACCCGCAAAGGACUCGCCGUUCUCCAUAAAGAACCUGCUGAACAUUGAAGACAAACCCACAAAGCCGAAAACCUUCCUGGGCUCGUCCAAAGGAGUGUUUGAAGGCAGCUUCUUCUCUCGUCUCGGUGACUUGUCUUUCCCUCGAUUUGAGUUGCCCACACAGAGAAUUGGACUAUCAGCGCAGUAUUUGGAGAGAGCGUCUACCUGGUGGUAUCCAUACACGCUCGGGACUCAUCUAAGGACUGCAGGGUCUGAGAAGGCCAACCUGAGAGAAGCAUCACCGGCACCGGACAGGCGCUCCCCGGAUCUCCAAAAAAGUGACCAAGAUGUCAAAGAGGAAAGCGCCGACGACGACAUCGCGCUGGAUGAAAGUGACUCGGAAGAGCCCAAGAAAGAAAUAGACCAGGAAGACGAGUGGAGGAGAAAAACAGACGAGCUGGACUCCGACAGAAAGCCAUGUCGGAAGAAGAAGACGCGCACUGUGUUUUCCAGGAGUCAGGUCUUCCAGCUAGAGUCCACCUUCGACAUAAAGCGCUACCUGAGCAGCUCGGAGAGGGCAGGCCUGGCCGCGUCCCUGCACCUGACGGAGACACAGGUGAAAAUCUGGUUUCAGAACCGGAGGAAUAAGUGGAAAAGGCAGCUGGCCGCGGAGCUGGAGGCGGCCAACCUGAGCCAUGCGGCGGCGCAGAGGAUUGUGCGGGUUCCGAUACUUUAUCACGAGAACGGAGCCCCAGAAACGGCCGGGGGCCCCGCUGCAAACUCACCGGGGAGCCAGUCACUCCUGGCUUUUCCCCACCACAUGUACUAUUCCCACCCGGUCCCACUGCUGAGGCCUGUUUAACACUGACUCUGUCAUUAUGUACAUAUGUUUUUAAAUGAGAGCAACCUUCACUGAGAAAAAAAAAGAUAAUAACAUUUUGUAUAU